AUGUCAGACAAUGAUGGAAUGGUGGUGGCUCCCUUUGGGGAACCUCCAGCAGGGCAUAACGGUGGCAACUACCCGCAAAGUGUCAUCGCCAUGAGCUCCAAUACCACCAGCGUUAAAAUUGCUGCCGAUGAUACAUCUGAUGGUAGGGGCUCAGUGGUAGCGCCAAGCCCGAAAAAGAGUUCCAAAGGACGUCAAUCCAUGCCAGUGCCACAGGAGACGACGGAGCAACAAGGUGCUGGCAAGGUUGACUUUGUCGCCGAAAACGGGGAAAUUUAUUGGGUAGUAAAACACGUCUUGGAGCAUCGAGUUGCCAAGAGGAAAAAGCAAGGAGGUGGAAAAACUUAUGACUACCGAGUGGAAUGGGAGGACUGGCCCAAAAAGGAUCUUCAAUGGUAUCCGGAAGAAAACUUGAACCCAGUUGCCAAGGAGAGAUAUUGGGAACGACAAAAGGCUGCUCUUGAAACGAAGCAGCCGGCGGCAAAGCGAAGAAAAACAUCAAAUGGUAGCAAAACGCCAACAACAACUAGGAAAAGCCAGGAGCAGUCAACUACAGCAGAGGCUGGAAAAUCCAAGACAGUAGGAAGCGCUUCCCCGAAGAAACCGACCAACAGAAACCUCAAAAAGAAGGUAUCACCAGCAGCAGCCAGCAAGACGGAUAACCAAAAGUCGUAUGAGGACGACGACGACAAUAUAUACGAGGUUGAAGAGUUCCUGGAAUAUCGUCGGAUUGAUGGUGUCGAUAAAUUCAGGAUCAAGUGGCGUGGUUACGAAAAGUACAAAGACAAAACUUGGUAUGGCAUGGACAGUUUUAUUGGAGACACUGUCAAUGAGGCAAAGGAAUUCAAAACGAAAAUGCUGCGAUCACAGCUACAAUCUGCAUCUACCCCUACAGCAGAUGAUAGUACAGCAACUUACCGAAUCCCUGUGGAAACCUUGGAGCGUCGUCUUUUGAAAUCGACACAAUGUCCAGUAUGUUGCAACAACUUUUCCGCCAGCAUUGAGUCUAAGCAUUGCCCCAUUAUGAGUCAGGGAUAG